AUGCCGUUUAAGCGACGCAAAGCAGUAAAUAGUUCUGCGGUUGAAUCUGAACAACCUGUCGAUAACGAAGGGCGAAAUAGCAAUUAUUUUCAACACUUGCGACCAGACGAAGAAAGUAGCAGUAAAGAUACAGCCAUAGAUGCUGCAACAUCGGAACAGUUGACGCAAAAUCAGGAUAAUUAUGAUCAAGCUAAUUUUGAAGAAGAUCUAGCAGAAAAUCAAAAUUUAGUUGAAGCUAUGGAUACUGAAGUUCAAGAUACUACUAGCAAGGUGCAGAAUGUAGACGCGAAAUCACAAAGAGGUGAAUUAAAAGAUUUACCGAAAACUGAGCAACAGCAAUCUGAGCAAGAAAAUUCUAGUGGCAACCCAAUGGAAGAGAUAGAAAUCUGCAAUAAGGCUCAAAACUCAUACCACAUGACGUCAUUAAGUCGCCUCCAGGACUCAACAGAGGCAGCUUUAAGAAUGGAUUUUGAAACGUUUGAAGAUAUUCGACACCAACUUGAGCAGCAAUUACAAGGGCUAUUUUUACCAACUGGUGAUAGUGAAGCUGAGGAUGAUAUCAGUGCACAGCAAAUGUGGCAGCAUUACUGCCAAUUAACAGCUCCUUUAUCCCGAGAAUUAUGCGAACAGCUUCGGCUUGUAUUGGAACCUACGCUAGCUAAUAAAUUGAAGGGAGAUUACCGUACAGGUAAACGAUUAAAUAUUCGAAAAGUGAUACCCUAUAUAGCUAGCAAUUAUCGAAAGGAUAAGAUUUGGCUCCGUAGAUCGAAGAAAAGCAAGCGACAGUACCAGAUUGUUUUAGCCAUAGACGAUUCAUCUAGUAUGAAUGACAAUCACUCAAAACAACUUGCAUUCGAGUCUUUAUCGGUUAUUAGUAACGCUUUAGUAUGGUUGGAAGCAGGAGAGUUAGCUAUUAUGAACUUUGGCGAAGAGGUGAAACUCUUACAUCCAUUUCAUCAACCAUUUAAUGAUGAAAUUGGAGGGAAAAUCAUAAAACAGUUCAGCUUUAGUCAAAAGAAGACUCGAAUCUCGCAGGUAAAUCAUUCGUAUAAAAAAUACUCUACUACCAAAAGAUAUAUGACAGCAACUAAUCAAGUUGAUAUCAAUCAGCUAUUGAUAAUUAUCUCAGAUGGUCGAGGGCUUUUUGUUGAAGGAACUGAGAUUGUCUUAAAAUCAGUCCGUGCAGCCAUUGAAGCUGGCACUUUUAUUGUUUUCGUGAUCUUGGAUAACCCUAAAACUAAGGAUUCAAUUAUUGACAUUCGGAUGCCGGUAUUUAAUGCUUUAGGCCAGAUUGAACGUUUUAAAACUUAUAUGGAUGAAUUUCCUUUCCCAUAUUACAUUGUUCUAAGAGACAUUAAUUCGUUGCCUCAGGUCUUGGCAAGCGCUCUAAGACAGUGGUUUGAAAUGAUAAAUUCUAGUAAUUAA